UCUCCGGCCAACACUUUCUCUUUUAUUGGGCUUCGUUAUUUUGGUUUACGAGACGUUGUGCCUGAAAGCUUUUUAAAGAAGCUUACGUGGCCCAAUGAAAGGGGAAGUGUAGGCCGGAGAGUGCAAAAAGCGAGUGCCCCUAGCACUGCUCUUUCAUAGUUUCAUUUUUCUUCGUCUCUAAAACGUCCGCUCGGCGGCACACAUUUCUGAUUCGCACCCCGCCGGACACGUCCUCCGAGUCAUGUACCCUUGGGUUCUCCACCUUCAGAAACUGGGUCUCGAACUCAAAUGCCCUCUCUGUGCGUGCUUUGUCAGAUCAACGAAAUUUGACUUAGAAUGCCCUCUCUGCAAAGUCCAAUUUGCUAAUCAAGAUAUUAGGCAUGUGCCUUUCAUGGAGAACAUUGUGUCAAUCUUUAAGAGUUUGGAUGCUACAUUCCAUGCCAGUCAGUCUGACUCUAUUAACAGUGGGGUUGUUAAAAGUGGCAUAAAAGAUAAAUGCAGCGUGCAAAAGGAUCUUCUACCUAAAGAAUUUAAGAUGUCUAGGAGUCGAGAUCAAUAUACUGGUGCUGCAAAUCCUGGUUUGCCAUUGCCAAGUUCCCAGGCACGAGCUUCUCAAGAGUCUGGGAAUGGGGAAACACGCAUGAAUCAGGUUGAACAAGCAUUGAUGGGAAGCCCUCCUUCAAUUGGCGAUAUUAAGGGCUCUGACAAUGACAGUAGUGAUCUUAGUCCAAAAACGCAUCCAACAAAGAGAAUCUUUGAUAUGACAAGAUGGGUGUUUCAUGAUGUUUCUGCCUCCGAAAUUGGAGGUCACUAUGGGGACCCAAAAACAAAAAGGGAAACUGAACCAUGGACGACUGGAUAUGGCUGCAGAAAGUCCUAACCAUGGGCAGGCCAUUCUGCAAACUGAAACUUUGGUGACUUCCAACUGCAAAUUGGAAACUAAAUCUGUGGUGCUUCCUGCUAGUGAAGAGAUGCAGGCAAAUACAGCCAUCUGUGGAUUUUGCCAGCCUUCUAGAGUCUCAGAGGUUACGGGACCAAUGCUACAUUAUGUUAAUGGAACUGGAAUUGCAGUGGCAGGAGAUGAGGCAAACCGUUCAAACGUUAUACAUGUACACAGCUCAUGCAUUGAAUGGUAUUUCAUCUAUCAUUUCUGAUUGCUUGAAUUUGAAUGAGCUGGAUAUUAUGGGUUUUUGCUAUAGGACCAAAUUCCAGUAAAAUGUGAUCAUGGUGUGCUAGGGCACCACAAGUGUACCAUGCUGGUGAAUCUGUCAAGAAUCUAAAGGCAGAAUUGGCUGGGGGUUCAAAGCUCAAGUGCAGUUGAUGUGGGCUGAAGGGAGCAGCACUAGGCUGUUAUGUGAAAUCCUGCAAGAGAAGUUAUCAUGUUCCUUGUGCAAAGGAGAUUCCUAAGUGCUGCUGGGACUUUGCAUGCAGCAUUUGUACUCUCAUGGUUCUGGGGCGACGCAGAAAAUCACGAGGAACACUGGUCAUUACGGUUAGGAAUUAGGAGAUUCAAUCACGUUAAUGAUUGAUUAAUCAAAUACUAUGUUUGAUUCUAAUUGUAAUAUUUCAAAUCUCACGUUGAUGAGAACUUGUGAGUAAGUUUUGUGAGUAAAUUUGGUAUACAAAUUUAAAGACUAACUAUUAUUAAUAAUUCAGUUUGGGUCAU